CUCUCAAACAGGUUUAUUUAUAUCUUAGUUAAACCUUGCUUUGUACGUAUGUUCCUAGACUGGAAACGGCAGUUUAAUAUUUCAACUAAAAAUAGUUAAUAAGACGAAACACUGCAUAUUGAUAUGGGCAACACAGAGGAAGAAAAUUACUAUGGAAAACACGGCGAGCCAAGAAAAUUUGAUCCAAAGUUUAAAGGACCCAUUGGGAACAGACACUGUACAGAUAUCCUUUGCUGCAUUAUAUUUGUCAUCGUGAUCAUAGGAUACAUUGCACUAGGAAUAGUAGCAUGGAUUCAUGGGGAUCCAAGGAAGAUCGUCUACCCAACAGAUAGCUAUGGACAGUUUUGUGGACAAAAAGGAACCCCAAAUGAGAACAAGACGUACUUGAUGUAUUUUAACAUCCUCCGCUGCGCAAGUCCUGUUGUGCUGAUAAACCUGCAGUGCCCUACGACACAACUCUGUGUCUCUAAGUGCCCAGACACCUUUGCUACCUACCGGGAAACAAGGUCUAAUAAGAGCUACUGGGAUUAUUACAAACAGUUCUGCAAACCUGGAUUUGAUAGAGUUGGGAAGUCUGUUGCAGAGGUUCUAAGCAAUGAAGAUUGUCCUUCAAUGUUAAUUCCCAGCAGGCCUUUUCUGCAGAGGUGCUUCCCUGAUUUCUCCACCAGAAAUGGCGUGCUAAUGGUCGCAAAUAAAACUAUGUUCAAAGAUGGAGAUGAUCAAAUGAGAAAUGUGACAGAUCUUCGCGAGGCGGCAAACCAUGUAAGAGUCAUUCAACAUGGAACUAAAAGUGGUAUCAAUAAUGUGCUCGAUGCAAGGUCAGUCGGGAUGAAGAUAUUCGAGGACUUUGCAAGUUCUUGGUACUGGAUAUUGAUAGCCCUUUUUAUCGCAAUGGUUGUGAGCCUGCUUUUCUUAAUACUUCUGAGGUUCACAGCCGGCGUGUUUUUCUGGAUUUUUAUUAUUGGAGUGAUUGGAGUUGUGGGGUAUGGCAUCUGGCGCUGUUUUUAUGAAUAUUACAGCUUAAAAGGAGUCCCCGGGGCUAAUUUAACCAUAUAUGACAUUGGAUUGCAGACCGACUUCAGGGUGUAUCUCGAACUGCAGCAAACAUGGCUGGUAUUCAUGAUAAUUCUCUGCAUCGUUGAGGUUAUUAUCAUCCUGAUGCUGAUCUUCCUAAGAAACCGAAUCCGAAUUGCAAUCGCACUUUUGAAAGAAGGAAGCAGGGCAAUUGGAUAUGUCAUGUCUUCGCUUUUUUACCCCAUCAUCACCUUUCUCCUAAUUGCGAUCUGUAUCUCCUACUGGGCGGUCACUGCAGUUUUUAUGGCCACUUCUGGGGAGGCCGUAUACAAAGUUAUGGGCAAUAAAACGUUUUGCAACUACACUGGUUCUACAUGCAUCCCAGAGACGUUCAAUACAACUAACAUAAUUAAGACGUGUCCGGGAACCAAGUGCACCUUUGCCUUUUACGGGGGUGAAAGCUUUUACUAUCAGUAUAUCCUGAUCUUUCAGCUCUCUAACUUGUUUGUCUUCUUAUGGCUGGUGAACUUCUCCAUCGCUUUGGGUCAGUGUACCAUAGCUGGUGCCUUUGCCUCCUAUUACUGGGCUUUUAAAAAGCCAGCAGACAUCCCGGCUUGUCCUCUUUUCUCUUCUUUUGGACGAGCAAUAAGAUACCACACGGGCUCUCUGGCAUUAGGAUCACUUAUCCUCGCACUCGUUCAGUUUAUCCGCAUAGUAUUGGAAUAUUUGGAUCACAAACUCAAAGCCGCCCAGAAUUCCUUUGCAAAGUUCUUACUUUGCUGUCUGAAAUGCUGCUUCUGGUGUUUGGAAAAAUUCAUAAAAUUUAUCAAUCGAAACGCCUAUAUCAUGAUCGCUAUUUAUGGGAAAAACUUCUGCACUUCUGCAAGAGAUGCAUUUUUUUUACUUAUGCGGAAUAUAGUCCGGGUCGCUGUUUUGGACAAAGUUACUGAUUUCUUACUGUUUUUGGGAAAGCUUCUUGUUGCUGGCUCUGUUGGAGUCUUGGCUUUCUUUUUCUUUUCAAGAAGAAUCCCGGGGAUCAGCAGCGAAGCCCCAAAUCUGAAUUACUACUGGGUACCCCUGCUGACUGUGAUUGUAGGAUCUUACCUGAUCGCUCAUGGAUUCUUCAGUGUCUACGCAAUGUGUGUCGACACACUUUUCCUGUGCUUUUGUGAAGAUCUGGAGCGGAAUAACGGAUCUGCCUCCAGGCCUUACUACAUGUCACCCAACCUGCAUAGGAUUCUGGGAAAGAAGGAACAGAAAACUAAGGCAAAAUGCUAAUUUAUUGCACUUUCUAUAUUUAACAAAAUGCACUUUUUAACAUAAUAACUGAAUUAUGCGAGGAGUACAUGAAGCUUGGACGAAGGUUUCCAAAUUGUACCUGAACAGCAGUCAAACAAGGACACGCUGGUCAGAGGGACCACAAACUGGCAGAUGACGUAAUAUCUUGCAAUUCAACAUUACAUUUUUAGUGCCUACAUAUAGGAAAUUUUCCUAUAAAACGCUUUUAGGGUCUUACUAUUUUUAUAAAGCUUUUUUUUUCUGUAUAACAGGAAUGGGAGCUUUUUCUUUUCUUUUUUUUUUAAAAUCCUUUUCAUAGAGAAAUACUUGAUAUAAAUGGUAAAUUUUUAUGACUAGCCAUAACAAAAUGCAUUUCUUUAUUAUGAGAGGUUUGGCAAACAAACUUUACUUUAUCCAAAUUUUUGGUGCUCGGUCCAUUUUUGCACUUCACAGGGCAGCCAUUUAAACUGUGAUUUUAAGAUGCGCCGAUUGGAUCCAUGGUGUGAUGAUGUUUGACGGCCAUUUUGAAUCAGCAGGUGAACACAUUAGUGUGCUGCAAAAUGGGACUGCAAAGUGUUGGUACUGACAGUCUGCUGCAGAUACUCACUAUUUAAUGUGAGCAACUGUAAUUUUAUUUAAUUACCUCCACAUCCAACUGAUCGCGAACAGUUUAUAGCGUCAACACUCAAAGUAGACGAACAAUUGAUAUUUGGUAUUCAUGAGACUAAUUUUUCUAAAACUUGAUUUAUAAUUUUUAAAUUAAGAAACCUGAUAUGUUUUAUUUGUUUGUUGCCUUCCUUGUUUGUAUUGUUAAAUAAUCUUUGUAAUAAUUCUUUUUUACUGGUCUAAAUGCACUCUGCCUGUCUGUGUGAUCCUGCUAUGAUCACAUUGUUUCUAGAUAUAUGAAUAAGGAGCUGUCACCAGGCAGGUGAUGUAGAUGUGCUGAAAAAUAUAUUAUAUGUGUAUUUUUUACAUUUAAAAGAUUGAAUUUUAGGGUACAUUUUGACUCCAUUUUUUUAAUGUACAGAUUGGCGUUGCACACUACUUUGUCUUUUAUUUAACAUCUAAAAUGUUUUCUUUCCAAUUCAACGUUACUCGUGCUAGCAUUCAUGGCUAGAUUUGUCAUAAGACCACCGAUCGGGCAGCAAGUAGAAAACGGGUGGAACUUACCCUACUAGCAGUCAUUUAUUUAUGCAUUUUAUUUUAUUUUAGUCUGGUGCCGAUCGAUUUUUAAGCUGUGCAUGUGUUGAAAUGUAUUAUUGCUUUUAUUUGUGUGUGUGUGUAUGUGUGUGUGUUUGUGUGUGACUGUGUAAAUGUAUUUGUUUGUCAGUGUGUACCUAUGAGUGAUGUAUGACUGUGAGUGUGUAUCUCAUAUUGUGUGUCUGUGUGAUUGUUAAAUGUAUAUGUGCAGUUGUGAAUGUUUUUCUACGUUUCUUUGAGUGUGUAUCUAUGAGUCUGUCUGAGCCAUUUACUUUGACGGAAACGCCCCUUCACAGCCCUUACUCCCCCCCUUAUUCCCAUACAGCUGCUGUCUUUCUCUCAACACACACACCCAUCUACCACCAACAUAUAUAACAGUCCCUAUUUCUCCCAAACACAUACUACAGUACGAAUGCCCUGCAUACAUACACUACAACUCCAGUUUACCACACACACAAGCUACAUUACUAAUUCCCCCAAUACACACACACUACAGACCCAAUUUCCUCCCAAAUACACACUACAGUCCCAUUUCCCAUCAAACACACACUAAACUCCUUAUCCUCUUAAACACACACUAGAGCCCCUACAUUGAAAACAGUCCCAUCCACACACAACCCCCCUCUUACACAUGCAACACUGCAAGCAGUGUUCCCCCUCACACACAACCACACAAGCUGCAUCCUCCCCCACACAACCCUUCAAGCAAUAUCCGCAGUAAAAAAGCAACUCCCCCAGUAGCCUACCAUCAUAAAUGCACACAACAAAAAACCACCCAAGCACACGCAGGCCCAGAAGUAGCAUUCAUACUACAAUAAGCCUCCCCACACACAUAUAUACACCCAACUUCUUCCAGCUCUGUCCAACCUAUCAUCCAACCAUCCACCUAAUCACAUUCACCAUUUAAUGUUACCCCAAUCUAGUCACAUGCACACAUCCAAUCAAAGACACCAAACUAGUAACAUUCACACAUACAAUCAAAGACGCCAAACUAGUAACAAUCACACAUACAAUCAAAGACGCCAAACUAGUCACAUUCACACAUCCAAUCAAAGGCGUCAAACUAGUAACAUUCACCUAUCCAAUCAAAGGCGUCAAACCAGUAUCAAUCACACAUCCAAUCA